CUGAUAUGUCUAGGCUCAGAUAUCCUCUUGAGUUGGUGACAUUUUCAUUGUUGACCUUACAAAACUGUUUUCUUGUUUAGUCUCAAUCAGAAGAGUUGCUCAUAGGCACUUCUUAAUAUGCAAGAACACUGGCGGUAAUUUGAUUUUCUUCAGGGUAGCAGAAAAAAUGGAGAGUGGUUAUUAUCUUGUUUUCAUAUUUUCCAUUAUACACAUUGUUCAGGCUCAACAAGGAUUCAUCAGUUUGGAUUGUGGGUUGCCGACUUAUGACUCUCCUUACAUUGAACCAGUAACCGGAUUAGUUUUCUCAUCGGAUGCAGAUCAUAUCCAGAGUGGAAAAAGCGGUAGAAUCCAGAAGGAUCUUGAAACAUUACACAUAAAACCGUAUUUGUUUCUGAGAUACUUUCCAGAUGGGAUACGAAAUUGCUAUACUCUAACCGUCAUUCAGAACAUAAAAUACCUGAUCAAAGCUGUGUUUGUGUAUGGAAACUACGAUGGUUAUAGUGAUUACCCGAGCUUUGAUCUAUAUCUAGGCCCUAAUAAGUGGGCAAGAGUUGACUUGGAAGGAAAGGUCAAUGGCACUGUUGAAGAGCUUAUUCACAUACCUAAGUCUAGCUCUCUGCAUAUUUGUCUUGUCAAGACAGGUAACUCUUUGCCGUUCAUAUCAGCUCUGGAACUGAGGCUGUUGAGAAACGAUACUUAUGUUGUCCCAGACGUUUCCUUGAAGCACUUAUUUCGGAGGUACUAUAGUCAGUCAGAUCGGUUAAUACGGUAUCCUGAUGAUGUCUUUGAUCGUAUUUGGUCUCCGUUCUUUUUGCCGGAGUGGAGCCAGAUAACCACCAGUCUUGAUGUGAAUAAUUCUAACAACUUUGAGCCACCUAAAGUGGCAUUAAAAUCAGCUGCCAUACCUAGAAACAAUGGAACGCAAUUGAACAUUAACUGGACUUUGGAUAACCCUUCUGAGCAAGUUCACCUGUAUUUUCACUUCGCCGAGCUUCAACCUUUUGAAGGCGACAGUAGCGGCUUCUCCUUCGUGAAUGACGCCAUCAGACUACUCAAUACAAGGAUGUUUUCCAUUGUUGUAAAUGGCAACGUUACUUUUGAUUCUGUUUUUCCUUUAGACUUGGCUGUAAGUACGGUAGACACUGCGGUGAAGAAAUGCGAUGGCGGUGAGUGCAGUUUGCAGCUGGUACAAAGGGAGGGGUCUCAUAUUCCACCUUCCAUUAAUGCUAUGGAGGCUUUCACAGCAAUCAAGUUUCCAAACUCAGAAACAAAUCCAGAUGAUGUCGUUUCUAUCAAGAUUCUUCAAGAUACGUAUCUUGGAUUGAACAAAACUGACUGGCAAGGAGAUCCAUGUAGUCCCCAGUAGUAUUUGUGGAGUGGGCUAAACUGCAGCUACACGAACAUGUCUACUUCACCCGGGAUCAUUUCUCUAAACUUAUCUUCACAAGGAUUAACUGGAAAAAUAGUGCCGCAUAUCCAAAAUCUAACACAGCUGCAAAUAUUGGACUUGUCAAAUAACAAGUUGACCAGAGGUGUGCCAGAAUUCCUAGCCAACAUGAAGUCACUAUUGUUCAUAAACUUAAGCAAUAAUAAUCUUGAAGGUUCCAUUCCACGAGCUCUUCUUGACAGAGACAAGCUGAAAUUAUAUUUUGAAGGAAAUCCAAAGAUUUGUGCAUUAGAUCCAUGCAAAAGUUCAGGCGGAAAUAAAAAAAUCAAAACCAUAGUACCCGUUGCAACUGCCGUGGCUAUUUUUUUAGUUGUUUUUGUUGUCAUUGUUGUAUUCAUAAAGAAAAGGCCAUCAAGUAUAAGAGCUGUACAAUCGGCACGGACUAAUCUGUCGCUUGAAGGUAAAAUGAGAAGGAUAUCAUACUCUGAGAUACAAUUGAUGACAAAUAACUUCGAAAGGGUUAUUGGUGAAGGAGGGUUUGGAGUUGUCUAUCAUGCUUAUUUGGAUGAUAGACAACAAGUGGCUGUUAAAGUGCUCUCCCGCUCAUCAUCUCAAGGCUAUAAGCAAUUCAAAGCAGAGGUUGAGCUUCUUCUUAGGGUUCACCACACAAAUUUGGUAGCCCUUGUAGGAUAUUGUGAUGAACAGCCACACUUGGCCCUCAUCUACGAGUACAUGUCUAACGGAGACUUAAAAGCACAUCUUUCAGGGAAGUAUGGGGAGUGUGUUUUAAACUGGGCAAACAGAUUAAGAAUAGCCGUGGAGACUGCACUAGGACUGGAGUACCUGCACAGCGGAUGCAAACCACCAAUGGUUCACAGAGAUGUUAAAAGCGUGAACAUAUUGUUAGAUGAACAUCUUCAAGCUAAGCUAGCUGAUUUCGGUCUUUCUAGAUCUUUUUCUAUUGGAGAUGAAACUCAUGUGUCCACUGGUGUUGUUGGCACUCCAGGAUACUUAGAUCCUGAAUAUUACAAAACACGUCGCUUGACCGAGAAGAGUGAUGUCUAUAGUUUUGGGAUUGUGCUAUUGGAGAUCAUCACAAAUCAACCAGUGAUUGAGCAAGCCAAUGAGUACGCUCAUAUCGCUGAACGUGUAGGAAAUAUGCUGACAAGGGGAGAUAUUAAAACCACAGUGGAUCCCGACCUCCAUGACGAGUAUGAUUCUGGCUCUGUGUGGAAAGCUCUUGAACUCGCCAUGUCGUGUGUGCAUCCUUCUCCGGUUGCAAGACCGGACAUGUCUCAUGUCGUUCAUGAACUUAAAGAGUGCAUGAAGGCUGAAAAUUUGAGGGCGGGAUUAAGCCAAGUCACGGAGUCAAAGAGUUCUUUGGAUCAAGACAUGAGUUCUGAUUCGGGGAUGGCUCCGAACGCACGGUAGUGAUCUGAUAUGUGUCCAAAGGGAUCAUUGCGGCGUGUCCUCAAAUCCAACCCGCCUGGAGUGAUUCUGAUAUUCGUUGAUUUGUUCACAUAACUAAACAUGAAAAACAAAAAAAAAAAUGUUCUAUUGUAUCCAUUUUCGUAAAGACGUGAUCACUAAUCCAAUUACAUUUUUUUUAAUAUCCGAUGUGUGUUUGAGCAAAUUAAAAACAUGUACGUGUUUGUAUGUAGUAGACAGUAGUCAUACUACGUGUGUGUUUUGUGUUUUUGUUAAAUUAAUAUAAUGAGGAUUAUUGGGUGUUGUUCGUACU